AUGGACCUAAUAUACAUGUCUUUGGACUGCAUGAGGAAGCUGGAGCUUCUUACUCAGCAGGUGAAAACCAACGAGCCGCGCCCAGCAGAAAUCUGCCGAGAACAGCCAGGUGCUGCUAGAGUCCCAGAGCAACUCCCAGGCUCCAUGGCCAGCAACAGUACUCCUAAGGGCUGUGGCCCAAACGUGGAUUCCAUUUAUUACAAUCUGUGUAGCACUGAAGCUGCAUGGGGCAUCGUGCUGGAGGCCUUAGCGGCAGCUGGCAUCGUCUUCUCCUUCGUGCUCUUCAUCUCGCUGCUGGCCAGCCUGCCCUUCCAUAAAGACUACAACCGCAAGAGCUCGGUAGCUCUUCACGCCUUCUUCCUGAUCUGCACUGCUGGUCUCUUCUGCCUAACCUUUGCCUUCAUCGUGGGAGAGAACUUCUCCACAUGUGCUUCACGGAGGUUCCUCUUUGGGGUGCUGUUCAGCGGCUGCUUCGCCUCCCAGCUGAUGCAGUGUGUGAGGCUGAACAUCCUGGCCAGACGAAACAGCGGGCCUCGAGUUUGGGUCUUGUGUCUUGGGGCGUUGGGGCUGUGGCUGGUGGAGGUGAUCAUCAACACAGAAUGGCUGAUAAUUACAAUUGUGCCUUCCAACACCACAGCUCAAACUAGCAAAGCUAUAGCCGUGCCUUGUGACAUUGCUAACGAGGACUUUGUCAUGGCGCUCAUCUACGUGAUGGUGCUGAUCCUGGCUGUGGUGGUGGCGAGUCUGACCAUCAUGAUGGGCAAACACGCACAGUGGAAGAAGGAAGGCGCUUGCAUCCUUGUGACAAGCCUCUUUUCAGUGGGUAUUUGGGUGGCGUGGAUCGUCAUGUACGUGUAUGGGAAUGGGAAAACCGGGGGUCCAACGUGGGAUGACCCAACCUUAGCCAUCGCUUUGGUAGCAAACGCCUGGGUCUUCAUUAUCAUGUACACCAUUCCUGACGUCUGCUGUCUGAACAGUGACGAUGAGAGUCAACAAGACUACACAGAAGAUCUUUGCCAAAACCAAGGAGUCGGAUACGAGACGAUCCUGAAGGGACAAUCCUCCCAGAAUGUGUAUGUGGAAAAUAAGGCUUUCUCCAUGGACGAGUCCAACCAAGAUUCCAAGCCCGUGUCUCCAUACAGCGGCUACACCGGUCAGAUGCGUAACUCGGUGUACCAGCCCACUGAGCUGGCUCUCAUCAGCAAAGGAGUUGGAAAUCAGCUACCAGACCCGUCCUUUGACAUCUUCAUUCCCAGAGCUUCCAUUGGCUCUGCGGCCAACAGCGGGAGCAGCACACCGUCAACAUAAAAGGAGACCGGGAACACAGCACGCACACACAAGUGGGCAUGGUCUGCAGAGGACAUCCCAGUGGUGAACGUGCCUCAGCUCGCCAGACCCCAUCAGAGUAACUUCGGUUCACAUUUUCUCGGUUAUACUUGCUGACCUUUUGUUUUCUAUUGUUUGUGGUUCCCUAAGCUGGUCCUAAGAGGAACCUUCAUCCCCAGUACAUGGAGAUGAAUGGGAGGUCAUCCCACUGAGGAACAGAUAAACCUCCCAUUGACUGAUUUAUUAUGUUCCCCUGGGUAUCAGACAGUCAAGAGCUUCAUUUGAAAGUCAAAGCACGGAAUGAAGCUGCGGCUUUGCUGCAGAACAAAAACUUGUGCAGUGCUCGGCUUUUUCUGACAGGGAAGCGCGAGCUCUCUGCUGGACCCAAACA